UUGCCAUUACCUUACGGUCACCCUGGUUAUCGUCCUAUCGUAAUACUGAACACAAUUCACCAUGGCGUCGAAAAUGAGGUCUCUCUUCCACGACCCAGACUACUACGUGAAGACCUUCCACUCGUACUACGCUGACAUCUACAACAAGUUCGAUGUGCAUGCGUCUUGGGCUGAUCGUGUGUUUGGCGAGAAAAUCGUCCCCCAAAUCAGGGUCACGCUUGGCGAAAAAGAGGAGUUCAGAGUGCUGGGCAUUGGAAGCGGAUCAGGUGAGACGGACGUGAUAAUGCUAACCAAACUUUUGCAGCGCUUCCCACUCAUCAACAACCGUGUAGUUGAGCCAGCAGAGGGCCAUAUAGCAAUGUACAAGGCACUUGUACAAAGCAAGGCUCACGAGCUACACGGUGUGAAUUGCGACUGGCGGCAGCAGACGAUUGACCAGUACGAGAAGGCGGGAGAUUUGACCAAGUUUCAUUUCGUCCACGCGGUGCAGUCUUUGUACUACGUGGAAGAUCCCGAUCGCUCCCUGAUGUAUCUUUACAACCUCGUGGAACCCGGCGGAGUUUUGCUUGUGACUUUAAGUUCAUCAGAGAAAAGCCAGACGCAUCGCUUCAGGGUAGGCCUACCCAGUUUGCAAGACGACCUGUUCAAACACAUCGCCACGGCCAACAUCCGGGACUCUUUGGACAGACGAGGCAUCCCCUACGCAGAGUACGCCCAACCCUCGCGCAUCGACGUCACCAAGUGCUUCGAUCCAUCGUCAGAAGAGGGCGCCCAAGCGCUGGACGUACUCACCCACAUCAUAAAGUUCAAGGAAACGGCAUCUGCUGAGUUGCAAGCGGAGGUGAUGCAGCGACUUGCUGAGUUCUCAGACAAGCGUGGGAACAAGGUGGUCAUGAUCAACGACUGGGAUGCAGUUGUUGUCUUCAAGCCAAUGGAAUAAGACGCGCCCUUAAGCACGUAUUAACUGUUUAUCGUGUGUGGUUAAUGGACCGAUCCAGUUAGCACCGCCCCAUGGUGUUCUGA